AUGCCACCAAGCAAGUUUCGCUGCAUAGUGGAAGACUUCCCAGCACUCGGUCAGCAAAGAUUCUCCGGGAAGUUUUUAGUGAUCGAAAGAGUUGAUGAAGGCGAAACUCUUGAAAAGGUUUCACCUAUAAUCAUUGAAAAAACAAUUCAAACCUGGUGCGGUGGUGACAAUGUCGAACAAAUAAGAAGAACAAAGGAGGGUAAAUGUCUAAUCAAGACGAAGAACGAUAGACAAGCUCAAGCUCUGCUUAAGCUAAAAACUAUCUCUAGUGAUAUAAACGUUAAGAUCUACGAACACAGAACACUAAACUCGUGCAGAAAAGUUAUCACGAAUCGCGACCCUUACGUAGUUACGGAAGAAGAAAUUCUUGAAGUGCUAAAAAAUCAAAACGUGACAAAGGUAGAACAGAUUAAAACGAAGCGCAACGGCGUGGUAAGUGCAACAAACUCGUUCAUCAUAACGUUCAACAGUGUCAAUGCCCCCAAGUAUGUUAAGUGUUUUCAAUUCGGACACAUCGGCAAAGCGUGCAAAGGAGAAAAAAGGUGCUACAACUACAGUAAAUCGUUCCAUGGGGAUUCAUGUGACAACACUCCCCAAUGCAUAAAUUGUGCUGACAAAGAGCAACAACAACAACAACACCGGCCUACAAGUAAGAGCUGUCCAGUAUGGAAAAGGAAAAGUACCAUAAUGAUGAUCAAGGUUGAUCAGAACCUAACAUACAUAGAAGCAAAACAAAAAGUGGAAAAAUCGGAAAAAAAAUUAUUACUCUGA